CGCAUUGUUGCAGAGAGGCUAGACGCCGUCUGCUUUGUUGGGACCAUCAGAUGUUGUGACUUUCGGCGACUCCGCUGCUAAUUGUAAGGGACCACGGGGGAUAUUCGCAGUCUUUGCUGGCUGGUAGACAUUGUUAACCUCUGCUAAGUUCCCACCCAGCGCUUGUUUCGCCGUGUGGACGCGUUAGACGACAGAAGUGAGGACCCCCUGUAUAUAAACAAAACGCACCGAGCUGCUUUUUAAGGUGGCACGUCGAAGAUAGGUGCGACAACAAGGCUAGUCCGAUUCCUGUUUGUUAAGUUAGCUAACUUCGUGUUGGCGGUGUUGUCAGCGAUGGAAAUCACCAUACAGCUUUGUUAGGAGUAAAACUCCGAAACGUAUGCGUGCGAACAUGAGAGAAGAGGACAGGUUGUUGUCAGGAAGGCAGCCCAUGGCAAGUGAAAGAGGGGGUGAACAUCCCUGCUGCUGCCCCUACUUGACAGAGGAGAAAGGAGCACUUGCUAUCAAGAAGGGUGUCCUGAGGCCUCCUGGUCAUUUGUCCGCGUCUAAGUAGUAUAUAAAUCAGACUUUGGCACAAUAUGGAGACGGUGGGGAAAUUUGAGUUCAGUCGGAAAGACCUGAUAGGACAUGGCGCAUUUGCUGUCGUCUUCAAAGGCAGGCACCGAGAGAAGCAUGACUGGGAGGUAGCGGUUAAGUGCAUCAACAAGAAGAACCUGGCCAAAUCCCAGACACUGUUGGGGAAAGAGAUCAAAAUACUCAAGGAACUGAAACAUGAGAACAUUGUUGCAUUACUGGACUUUCAGGAAACUGCCAGCUCAGUGUACCUGGUAAUGGAGUACUGCAAUGGGGGUGACCUCGCUGACUACCUACACUCUAGGGUGGCCAUUUCCUUCACAUCAAAAAGGAGGACACUUUGUAUACACGGGGACACGCAAGCAGCCAAAGGGACGCUCAGUGAGGACACUAUCCGGGUUUUCCUACAGCAGAUUGCAGGGGCCAUGAGGGUCCUACAGGCCAAAGGCAUAAUCCACAGGGACCUCAAACCCCAGAACAUUCUGCUGUCCUACCCACCAGGACGCAAGUCUCACUCCAACAACACCUGCAUCAAGAUCGCUGACUUUGGCUUCGCCAGGUACCUUCAGAACAAUAUGAUGGCGGCGACACUCUGUGGGUCCCCAAUGUACAUGGCUCCUGAAGUCAUUAUGUCCCAAAAUUAUGAUGCCAAGGCGGACUUGUGGAGUAUAGGAACCAUCGUGUUUCAGUGCCUGACUGGGAAGGCUCCUUUUCAGGCUAGUAGUCCCCAGGACCUCCGGCUGUUCUAUGAAAAAAACAAGACUCUCAGCCCCAACAUCCCCAGAGAGACUUCAAGCCAUCUGAGGCACCUGCUGCUGGGUCUGCUGCAGCGCAACCACAAGGACCGCAUGGACUUUGAUGAGUUCUUUUGUCAUCCUUUCCUGGAGGCUAGCUCAUCCAUGAAAAAGACAACUCCUACUGUGUCCAUGACCUGCUUCCCAAGCUCUGCAUCAGGCAGCUCGUGUAGCAGCUCCUCCACCUCUCACCUCGCCUCACCACCGCAGUCUCUUGCUGAGGUUCAGUAUUUGCGUGCCAAAGCUCUGGCCUCCCCUACCCAGGAGGCCGCUGGUUUUCUCCUCAAGGACUCGUCUGGAGGGGGCGGCAGCAGCAAGAACUCCUCCUCCUGUGACACAGAUGACUUUGUCAUGGUGCCUGCUCACUUCACCAGUUUUCCAGCGGGUGAGCUGACAUGUGAGAGUAAAGUGCUGCCGGACAGCCUGAUGAACAGUGGCUCUCUUCUGGCUUCUGCUGGUCUGUGUAGCCAAGCCAAAACACCACCACACUCACCUUCCUACAGUGGCUCUCCAAGUCCUGUCAGGCCCAGUGAGUUCCCGGGAGGUAACUAUGGUGGUAGCUAUGGAAACCAUGGCCAGUCAUUGCCUAUCCCAGUCCCCACUCAGCUUCAGAACUACCAGCGCAUGGAGCAGAACCUCCAUUGUACCAAACAGGAUGGCUCACCACGGCUGUCGACACCAGUGCGUCGCUGCAGCAGUGGAAGCUCGUUGGGCUUUGGUCGGACCGGGCCUUCGCCACCCUAUGGGCAGGGGGCAGUCACCACCAAUCGCAGGUUUUCCCUGGGAGGCGCCAGACCUUUCCAGCUCUCCCCUCAAGCUCCUCAGCACGUUGAAACCCGGCCAACUUCUCAUCAACACCCACAGGCGACAGGACUGGGCACACGGCUCCACAGUGCCCCCUGUUUGUUGGAGGGUGCCAGUGGGGGUGGUAGGCAAAAGAUCAGGAAGCAGCACUCGGACCCGGUGGUAGCCCCCCCGACAGGCCUGAUGACUCUCCGCCCUCUACACUCUUCCCCAAGACUCAGUGAGCUGAUGCAGCGUAGCCCCCUCCCCACCAUCCUGGGCUCUCCUUCUAGGGCCAUCCCUCCAUUUGAAUUCCCCAAACCUCCCAGUACUCCGAACCUUGUGACCUUCCUGACACAGCAAGGUUUGGUGAUCGGCUCCCCUUGCAGCAGGACUGCCCCGGUAGAGCCCAGAGACCCAGGACAACAAGCAACAACACCGGUCACCCAGCCUGCCCACUGCCUCCACAGACUGGCUGAUGAUACCAAGAGCUUUGGAAGGUCUCAGAGUGCCGGUCGUCUGUCUGACAUGCUGCUGAUGGCUGCAUUUGGACCAGGCGGACUUGUCGGUGACCGUGGCAGCGCAGAGAACCUGACCUCUGAAAAAGCCAUAGACAUAACAGUGCCCCCCAGUGGUGGGGGAGGCCUUGCACCUUGCUCCAGCAGCCCUGCACAGGUGGUUUUCACUGUGGGCUCUCCUCCCAGUGGCAGCACCCCACCUCAUACCUCCAGACAGAGGAAAUACUCAGGCUCAUUUACUUCAGUCAGCCCCGCAGGCUCCUUCACAAGCCGCUACCCACAGACAGGCACCUAUCUGGAUGGCUUUGAGGCUCCUUCUAGUCCUCGCUACAGUUUCACUGAUCCUAUCACAGCCAACAUGGGUGGUGCUGUAACUUUCGAGCCUCCUGAACUGCCUGAGGAGACGCUGAUGGAGCAGGAGCAUACAGACACUGUGCAAAGCCUGCGCUUCACGUUGGAUUUCGCCUGCUGUCUGAUGGAGGUGGCUGGAGCGCGUGGUGUUGCAGUGAUGGGAGAACUGGGAGACAUUUCUCAUCCCUCCCUCUUUCAGCAGCAGAGCCUUGUAGCAGAUCAGAUAAGCUCACUGAGCCGAGAGUGGAGUCAUGCAGAACAGCUGGUUCUCUACCUUAAGACUGCAGAACUCUUGUCAACUGCCUUACACACAGCCAUGGAGCGAGUUAAACAGGGAAAACUCUACCCCUCUGCUACAGUCAAACAAGUAGUGAGGAGGCUGAAUGAGCUGUACAAGUCCAGUGUGGCAUCCUGCCGCUCACUCAGCACCCGUCUGGAGCGCUUCUUUUCCAGGAAGCACCGUCUAAUGGACCAAAUCACCUCCAUCACAGCUGAACGGCUGCUAUUCAGCCACACUGUGCAGAUGGUUCAGGCUGCUGCGCUGGACGAGAUGUUCCACCAAGGUGAAGCAUCGGCCCUGCGCUACCAUAAAGCUCUCCUGCUGAUGGAGGGCCUGUCUCUGCUGCUCACUGAACAGGAUGACAUCCUCAGUGUUAGCAAAUGUAAGGAGUGCAUUGAACGUCGCCUCACAGCUUUGCAGUCAGGGCUCUGUGUUUGAGAGUCCUACGCUGCCUCUUGGAGUGUGGAUAUGAUGUCAGUCAUCUGCACCCUGCACAUUACCAUUACAAACCAAAAUCUGCACCCACGUCUCAUGGUUUUCACUUAGACAUGCUUUAGUUUUCACAAGAAAACUACAAGACUUUGAUGAACCUCAAGGAGUUGUGCUCUUCUCUAAAUGACUUGCCAUUCGGCUCAAGUUUUGGAUAGUGGCAGCGACUUCCCCAACACUAAACUUGUACCAGUGUUGGACACGAAGCACUUGUGCUGUGAAAGAAUGUCUGCGCUCUCGUCCACGUGAGAGGACUUUGCUCCUGGCACUGAAUAUGAUAUGUUUUGCCAAGAAGAAGCUUCCCUUCACUAGGCGUAACACAUGCAGGAACAAUUAUUGCCAAGUAGUCACAUACCCACAUACCAUACUUAUCUAAACAUAAACAGAUAGCGUUUUGUUGGGCAAAUAUUCAUGCUACAAAUUUGCUAUAGGCGACUCUAUAGACAAAAUGUUCUUUUUUACCAAGUAUCAGUAACUGGAGGGAAUGUACAGAAUCCACUGUACACAUACAAGACAGAGAAUGGAUAAGUAUCAUUCUCAUCAAAUGUAUGUUUUUCAUACACCGUUUGUUUGCUUUCCUGGGUUUACCUUUUUUUGGUUUUGUAGUGCAUUCGAGCACUAUUACAAAACUGUUGCCAAAAUGACUAAAACAUGUUGUUUCAUUUUUGUGUUGGGUGUUAUCUUAGAUUCGCUGUAGGUAACUAUGCUGGUUUGGGCACUUUAUUGAUUCUAUACUAGCUUAAUGUCAAAGACCACGUCCUAUCAUUGAAACAAUGAUGUAAUUUUGUUUUGUUAAAUGGUGGCAGGUAGUAAAGGCAGAUAAUGGGUCCAGAAAACACUCACUACCCCACUGCUACAUGCAAAAUAUAGCUUUUAAUUCAAGAGGGACUGAAAGUGGUCUGUUGGCAUCCCUGAUCGCAAUCAUGUUAAAGAUGCUGCAAUAACCUGGGAUGCAUUCCUCAGGUGUACAGAAGCUUCGAUGCUGCUGUUGCUGGUAAUUUCUUCACACGAUUCCAUACUCUGUCUGUUUGUAUGUUAUCAAUCAAUCACGUCGAAGUUAAGCAAGUAUAAUCAGAUUUGAAUGUAGGGCUGACAGGAGAGAAAGAGCGGUAAUAUUAGCCAAGUGUUAAAUUUAGAGUUGUCUGAAUGUUUUUGCACUGUUGAAGUACUGUAGAGAACGAUCUUGAGUGGAACAUGCUAAACAUGUUCAGUUUUUGUAGAUACCUAGACAGAUUUGCUUAUUUAGGUUUACUAGACUUUUGCAGUUUUAGUUGUAUUGUAGUUACUGUCAUAAGGUGUUUGGUGUGAGAAUGUUGACUCAGAGAUGGUAUAAGCUAUGAAACCUUAGAAAGAUUUCUUUAAGAAGAAAAAGGAAAAGAAAAAUCGCUUUAGACUGAAAGAAGGAUUUGCAUCGAUUGUGUCAUGUUCUAUUUCAGAGUAGUGAGUAUGUGUUUGAUUUUGAAAAGUGUUCUGCUGAUUUGGCGUGCUAGAUGAAAUUUUUAUUUUACCUAAAAUAUAUUUGUAUUGUCGAUAUUGACCUCAUUGACAGGAUUUACUCCCCUAAAUUGUGGGCCAAUGGGAAGGGUCGACUUCUGCUUUCAGAGAGAGAAGUUUGUGUGCAUGCACGUGUGUGUGAAGUGAUGUGUGAUGUAUUAAUAGACAGUGGGAUUUGCUCCAUACAGAACUAAUGACAUUGCUCUGUAACAAGAUGUGAAUGAUUUGAUUUUUACUCCAGUUGACUUGCGUGGAUGUAGGUGACUCUGGGUAAGAUCCCACUUUAACAUAUGAAACUAAAAUAUCCCUUGAAAACAGAUGGAUCCUCUGGUGUAACCCAAUGCCAGGCCCUAGUACUACUUUCUUUUCCCUGAGGUUUAUUUUCCUCUGCCUUUUUAAAUUAAGAUGGUAAUGAAGUGCAUAUUUUAGAGUAAGGUGUUGGUGUAUGGGGAGGGCCGAAGAUGGUUUACGCUGAGAUUACGAAGCCAAUAUAGUAGCACUGUCAGCAGAACAGAGCGGAGGAAAGGGUUUUUACUCAGUGAAGAUUUCUCUAAAUAUACAUUAUGUGUAUUUGCUUUGUGGCCUUUUGUAUUUUGUCAGCGAACUUCUGAAAUGUUUGCGUGUUUCAAAUGUUGAGCGUAAAUUCCUAAUAUCGACUCAUCCACUGGCUCUCUGUCUCUUACACAUGCUGCUCUGUUGGCCUCUUACCUUUAUAAAACCGAUGCAUGUGUCACUUUUUAUUGUUCCCUACAAUCAUUGCCAUCGGCCAGCCUAACGAUGAUUAUCUUGCGUAGGAGUCAAAAUCGCCAUAAAAAGAAUUCGAGCAGCAGUCGAAAUAAAAAGUAUAAUGGUGGAGUACAGCAGGUUGGCGCAGGAAGUGGAGAUGGGGCUUGACAAAAGGGCACGUAGCCACUCUGCUGAAGUGCCCUUGAGUGAAAUACUGACUCUACCAGCUACUGUUCAAAGUAUAACAUAAAGAUUAAAUGAACUAUAACCUUCAUGAAGAUUCUGCUAUGUGCACUCCCAUAAUAGAGCCGUCAAUUAUUUGGAUUAUUCUUUUUUUUAUGUUUGAUAAGAACAUACCUGAAUGUUUUAGUUUUGUGUUUUCACUUUACUCAUUCUGUAUUACCUGUAAAUAUUGUAAAUUAAGUUAUUGUUGUUAUUGUGUAUAUGAUGCUGCAGGCAUGGAGAGGACAGUACCAUACCACCUUUACAUUUCCAAAGAAUAGCCCUUCUGCUGAUCUUCCAUAUUGUCUCUUACUGUUGCAAAAUCAUUUUAAUGUUGUCAUAUCUAUGACAGACACACUAUCUCAGUGUCCCUUUGUGUGAUGUAACCUUUACUGUUUGAGAGUUGCAACAUGAAUAAAGUGAAAGGAAAGGUAA